UCCUGCUCUGGUUGUGUUGCAUUCAUGAAUCCCCGGAAUUAUGACUACAUUACACAUAUUUCUGGCUUAAUUUUAUUAUUGGCCUAUUUUAUCCGGGUCAGUAUUUAAUUUGUUUCGGGAGCUUGCUUUUGUCCGUCUGAAAUUUAAAUGGUGUUGAAAAUAGUUUAUCUCUUCUUUUGUUUAACCCUUUAAAUUUGGUUAAGUUUCACUCCUAAACAAAAUGUUAUGUCUAAUUAAUUAACUUUAUAUUUUGUUAUAUUUGUGAGUUGAAAGAACUUUAAAAGUGAGUGCUGCUCAAUUAUGUUUGUUAAUGUUUUCGACCCCCUCCCCUGAAAAAAAAAAAAGAGAGAAUAUUCCGAGCCGUCCCUGAACGCUUCGCGAGCGCAGGCCGCUGUUCGCGGUGGAUGAGGGGAGCUCAUCCCCAGCAGACGCGGGUCGGAUCCAGCUCGCGGGAAGGAGCCGCUGGAUAAAGAUGGGAAACUCUGACACCAAACUAAACUUCAGGAAAGCGGUGAUCCAGCUGACCACUAAAACGCAGCCUGUGGAAGCCUCUGAUGAUGCAUUCUGGGACCAGUUCUGGGCCAGCACCAUUUCUGUCCAGGAUGUCUUCGCCUUGGUGCCAGCCGCGGAAAUAAGAGCUGUUCGAGAGGAGUCUCCAUCAAACCUGGCAACCCUCUGCUUUAAGGCCGUGGAGCGGCUGGUCCAGUGUGCAGACUCUGGCUGCCCCUCAGAAAAGGAGCGUCAGAUUGUGAUGAACUGCACCCGCCUGCUCACCCGCAUCCUGCCCUACAUCUUUGAGGAUGCGGACUGGAGGGGUUUCUUCUGGUCCACCAUCCCCGGAGCCAGUAGAGGGGGGUGUUUGGAUGAAGAUGUUGAUGAGAAUGAAGCUCGGCCACUGGCUGAAUCCCUGCUGCUGGCCAUCGCCGACCUCCUCUUCUGUCCAGAUUUUACCGUCCAGAGCCACAAGAAGAACAGUACGGAUCCGGCUGAAGAAAUCCGCUCGAUGGACAGCUGUGAGUACAUCUGGGAAGCGGGGGUGGGCUUCGCUCAGUCGCCUCCUCUCAACUAUGUCCAUGACCUCAACAGGACUGAGCUGUUGAAGCUGCUUCUGACUUGUUUCUCUGAAGCCAUGUACCUCCCUCCGUCUUCUGAGAGCAAAGUCAUCAACCCCUGGGUGGCCUUCUUCUGCUCAGCAGAAAACAGACACACCCUGCCUCUCUUCACAUCCCUGCUCAACGUGGUGUGCGGCUACGACCCCGUGGGCUACGGCAUCCCAUACAACCACCUGCUGUUCUCUGACUCCCACGAGCAGCUGGUGGAGCAGGCGCUCCAGAUCCUGGUGGUCGCUCUGGAGCACGAGGCUGGGUCUGCUGCGAGCGCCGCCCUUCAGGCUCUGGACGCCUCGGCAUCACCUUCAGCUGAAGAAGAAGAGAAAGGGCCAGCUGGACCUGAAAACCUUUUUGUGAAUUAUCUCUCCAGGAUCCACAGAGAAGAGGACUUCAGCUUCAUCCUCAGAGGCCUAACUCAGCUGCUCAACAACCCUCUGGUUCAAACCUACCUACCUCGAUCCACCAAGAAGAUCCACUUCCACCAGGAACUGCUCAUCCUUUUCUGGAAAUUCUGCGACUUUAACAAGAAGUUCCUGUUCUUUGUUCUGAAGAGCAGUGACGUGUUGGAGAUGCUUGUUCCAAUUCUUUUCUACCUGAAUGAUGCAAGAGCUGAUCAGUCUCGAGUGGGCCUGGUGCACAUCGGUGUGUUCAUCCUGCUGCUGCUGAGUGGAGAAAGGAACUUUGGCGUUCGCCUGAACAAGCCCUACACUCUGCGCGUCCCUAUGGACAUUCCUGUUUUCACAGGGACCCACGCUGACCUCCUCAUAGUGAUCUUUCACAAAGUCAUCACCAGUGGACACCAGCGACUCCAUCCUCUGUUUGACUGCCUGCUCACCGUCAUUGUGAACAUUUCCCCUUAUCUAAAAAGCCUGUCCAUGGUGGCAGCCAACAAGUUGCUCCACCUGCUGGAGGCCUUCUCCACACCCUGGUUCCUCCUCUCUGCUCCCCAGCAUCACCACUUGGUCUUCUUCCUCCUGGAGGUUUUCAACAACAUCAUCCAGUACCAGUUUGAUGGUAACUCCAACCUGGUGUACUCCAUCAUCCGUAAGCGAACCGUUUUCCACCAGCUAGCAAACCUGCCAACUGACAAGGCGUCUAUUCAGAGCGCCUUGCAGAAGAAAAAGUCUGGGAUUUCCAGGGUCAACUCUGCAGACGGUGAAGCCAUGGAGGACUCCAGGCCGGCCGCACCUUCAGAGCCUGGAACUCUGAAAGCCAGUUUGGAGGCCACUCCAGGAAUCGAUAAGAUUACAGAGAAGUCUCAGGUGAGCAAAGACGGGACGAUGGUUGCUGUCCCUCACUCCCCCCAGUCGCCCUGCGACAGCAGCGCCAUCAACGGAGCCAGCGACACGGAGUCCAACUCAGAGAGCGGUCCGGAGGCCCACCGCUCUCGGGCCGACACUUCCCGGAGCCGAAUGUCCAGCGUCUCUUCAGUGUCGGUCUGGAGUCCGAGUCCAGACUGGCUGCUGUCAUGGAAGACCAGGCUUCCCCUUCAGACCAUUAUGAGGCUGCUCCAAGUGUUGGUCCCACAGGUGGAGAAGAUUUGCAUCGACAAGGGUUUGACAGAUGAAUCAGAAAUCCUUCAAUUCCUGCAGCACGGCACGCUCGUGGGCCUCCUGCCUGUCCCCCACCCCAUUCUCAUCAGGAAGUACCAAGCCAACGCGGGCACCGCCAUGUGGUUCCGGACCUACAUGUGGGGGGUCAUUUACCUGCGAAACGUGGAUCCUCCAAUCUGGUACGACACAGACAUCCGACUGUUUGAGAUCCAGAGGAUUUAGUGAAGCUGUUGAUGAGAAUCUGGUCUGAGUUUUGACUUCACACACUGACGAGCUCAGCAGGUUAAUCUCCAUCACCUAGCCUGAGAAAUGACUGUAGAUCUUCUCUAGAGAGAGGAAGAAUGUGUUUGAGUGACCAUUGAGCUCUGAUUGCAGCACAUGUGGAAGCUGUGUGACUGAAAUAAACCUGACAUAAUCAUGAUA